CUAAGGCCAGAGGAGCCACCAGUGUUAGGGCAAAAGGGCCUCUCCAUUGGCUGCUCACUCAUCACGAUUUUUCAGGAUUGUUUAAAGGGUCUGAGACCUUUUCCGUUGGAGAGUGGGUGGCAGGUGGGGGACGAUGGGUGCUGGCAGUGAAUCUCUGCCAGGUUCCCCCCUCAAACCCCAGGGACUCCUUGGGACCGUUGUACUUUGAGCCAAUUAAAAACCUGAACUCAAAAAAAAAAGCAGCCCCUCCCGCCUCUCCUCUUGAAACCGGGCAGGAGAGGAGGAGGGUGGCACUUUGGUGGGGGAUGGGGAAGGAGUGAGCCGCAGCCCGUGGCCAGACACGGCACCCACCCUCCCACCCGCUCUAGACACCCACAGGACGGCAGGGCCAGCGGGGAUCCAGUUCCCAGAAUCCCAUCACCCUGUCCUGAACGGUCCAGCCUGGCAGGUGGCUGUCAGGGAAAUGUCACCUUCCCUUCUCCCAGGUGGGUCUCAGCCUCCUGUGAGGGCAGGUGAGGAUGAGGUCCAGAGACCCCACAGGGCUUGAGGCAGGCUUGGUUCUUCCCAGCGUCCUGAAACCAGGGGGGCCUCAGCCCUUCAGGCUUCACACCCCCACCGUCCCCACCCCAGGAGUAGCGACAAACCUGGGACCCCAGCCGCCAGGGGCACCCUCCUCCCCACCCUGGCUGCCUGCAGGCUUCCAAAGAGCCAACUUGCUUAGAGCCAGGUGGAUCCCAGCUUGGUCCUUGCUGGGCACGUGACCCUGGGAAAAUCAAUCUCCCUCUCUGAGCCUCCAUUUCCUGCUCUGUAAGAUGGAACUCGUUAUGUCACAGAGUUGCUGUGAAAUGAGAAGGUUUAAAGAACCAGGCAAGGUACCUCAGCAAACAGCAGUGGUCAGUCCUGUACCAGGCAGGGCCCAUGCUGUCCCCACAGGGUCCGCCAGUUGCCAGGCACCUUGGCCCCGUCACUGUCACUGCCUCUUCUGGUGCCCUUUGCUUUGCUCACUCAGCGUCCCUGCCCCCCAUGCCCUGUAACACCAGCUGCUUGUGCUGUGAGCUGCUGGGCUUGGGUGCUGGGCCAUCAUGGGAGCCAUCUCACCCCCUGCUCCCCAUGGGUGAGAGCUGGCCCACUCCCCGGCUAGCAUGCAGGAGUUGGCAGGUGCCAGAACUCUUCUGGUCAGCCUUUGUGACCAGAAAGAUGGGCAAGGGAGAUCCAGAGAGGGGCAGGGGCUGACCCCUGGUCACACAGCCUGUUUAUGGCCGACUCUCAUCAAAGCCUUGGCUUCCCUAUCCUACCUGGGGUAUUGGGAUAGAACUGGGGGGCCAUGUCCCUCACCUCCCCCUCCACUCCAACUGGCCCAGCUUAGGAGACAGCUGCUCUGCUGCUGGCCAUGGGGAGGGAAAACACCUGGCAAAGGUUUGUGCCCCAGGGUCCCAGGUGUGGAAUUAACUUCCAGUCCCCCGACUGCUGUGGUGGGAGGGGUACUGGGCAGGGAGGUGGGGGUGGCUAGGCCUUUGGGAGCAGACACCAAGGACACCACUGCCCUGUCCCUUCUUGUCGAGGGGCUUGGUCAGGGUAUGUGCCCUUGAGCCCUGGCAGAGGAGAGAGCAGUGGGGACAGGACCUGACAGCCGUGGCGGAGGGCCUGAAGGGGCAUCAGUCCCUGCUGUUUCCUGCUCUGUUUACAGACAGACUGCCGUGCUCUCUGGGCAAGAGGGAAGGGGGGACAGAGAGCCAGUGCCCAGGCAGCACGGGGCUGGGCACGUGCCUGGCCUAAGACAGUGUCUGAGGAGUGUUGGCACACCUGUGGGAGUCGCUCUGAGGACCCCGCCCUCAUGGGAGUGUCUUGGUCCCUUUAGAAACUAACCUCUGACCUGGGGACAGCCAGAGGCCAGGUACCUCCACCCCCACCCUGGGCCCAGAGUUCCCCCCAUCAGUGAGUCUUGGCUCUGCUUAUAGCAUCUGACACCAGAGGGGCUGAAAAUAGCCCCCGGAGGAGGGGGAGGAGGGGGCUAUUUAAAGGGCUGGGCAGAAGCAGCCCAAGACAAGGUGACAAACAUGGCCACUUCGGAGCUGAGCUGCCAGGUAACAGAGGAGAACUGUGAGCUCCGGGAGGCCUUCUGGGCCGAGUGGAAGGAUCUGACACUGUCCACGCGGCCUGAGGAGGGUUGCUCCCUGUACGAGGAAGAUGCCCUGCGGCGUGAGACCUACCACCAGCAGGGGCAGUGCCAGGCGCUGGUGCAGCAUUCCCCCUGGUUGGUGAUGCGUAUGGGCAUCCUCGGCCGCGGGCUGCAGGAGUAUCUGCUGCCCUACCAGCGAGUGCUGCCGCUGCCUAUCUUCACCCCCACCAAGCUGGGUGCCGCCAAGGAGGAGCGCGAGGACACCCCAAUCCAGCUGCAGGAGCUGCUGGCGCUGGAGACGGCCCUCGGUGGCCAGUGUGCGGACCGCCAGGACAUGGCCGAGAUCACCAAGCAGCUGCCCCCCGUGGUGCCUGUCAGCAAGCCCGGUGCCCUUCGUCGCUCCCUGUCCCGCUCCAUGUCCCAGGAAGCACAGAGAGGCUGAGCGGGCCUGUGACUCAGGCACCCCGAUGCCUGCCCCGGGCUGGGCCCUUCCUGGCUAGGACCAUGGAGGGGAGCUGCUGGCCAUGGAUGCUUUGUAGUUUGUCCAGAGUUGGGGGCUGGGGGAGGAAGGAGCCAGAGGUCAGGAUGCCUGGGUCCCCUGAGCUCCCAAAGGGAGGGGAGCAAAGAGAGAGGAGAGCUGGGGGCUAGCACUGCUGAGUACCCCCAGCCCCAGAAGGGACAGAAGAUUCUGGUGAGGGCAAGCGGUCCCUGGGAGAGCGACUCUGGUCCAGAUUUCAGCUUCAGAGCAGGACAAAGUAUGUGAGGGGGAUUGGGAAUCCUCUGGGAAGGGGGCUCGGAGAAGACCAGUGG